UCUGCAGGUCCUCGCCCUCGGCCAUGGCUCCGCGCCCGGGGCCGGUGCCGGUGCCGGUACCGGCGGCAGCAGCGGCCGCCCGGUUCUGCUGCAGGGAGCGGCGGAACCGGGGGGAGGGCGGCGGGGGGCGGCGGCGCGCAUGCUCCGAGGGACCCGCCCCGGAGAGGGGGGGGCGGCGGGGGGCGGCGGCACCGGGCCGGUACCGGGACGCCCCCUCCGCUCCCCGGGGCGGCCCCCGGCGGCUCCCCGCGGACGGCAGCGCGGCGCCGGGCCCGGAGCCGGCAGCGGAGCCGGGAAGGGGCCGAACGGAGCCCGGAGGAGGGAUGGGGGGGAGGAGGAGGAGGAGGGGGCCGGCCGUAGGUACGGGCACGUCGCUGGCGCUGUCGUCGCUGCUGUCGCUGCUGCUGUUCGCCGGGAUGCAGAUGUACAGCCGGCAGCUGGCCUCCACCGAGUGGCUCACCAUCCAGGGCGGGCUGCUGGGCGCCGCGCUCUUCGUCUGCUCCCUCACCGCCUUCAACAACCUCGAGAACCUGGUGUUUGGCAAAGGUUUCCAGGCCAAGAUAUUCCCCGAGAUCCUCACCUGCCUCUUGCUGGCCCUUUUUGCCUCCGGCCUCAUUCACAGAGUCUGUGUGACCACCUGCCUCAUCUUUUCCAUGGUCGGUCUCUACUACAUCAACAAGAUCUCCUCCACGCUCUACCAGUCCGCAGCGCCCGCAGCCGUUCCCACCAAAGCCCCUGGCAAAGGCAGGAAGAGGAAUUGACGCCCCGGGGCCCCUUCCCGGGGCAGCUCCCCCUCCUCCAGCCUGGACCCGGACUCUGGGCCGGGCAAUAAAGCAGUUUCUUUGUA